AUGUCCAGCCGGACUCCGGGCCUCAAGCCGUAUCGGCAUCCACGCCAACCACGCGGAAUUCGGGGGGGGGGGCGGGCUGCCCUCGGCUUCAAUGCCGACGGCCCCAGCGUCGACAUCUUUGCUCCCGGCGUGGACGUCAUGUCGAGUGAUACGGGCUCUGGCAAGGCCACAAGACUCGUGUCGGACACCUCGCUCGCUGCUCUUCAUAUUGCCGGACUGGCACUUUACUUGAUAGCUACCAAGACGGCCGCCAAACUUUGGGCCAGGAUCUUGGCUCUUGCGACCAAGGAUAAGAUCGCGAACCUCCCCGCUGAAACGUGCAGCCUGCUUGCGUACAAUGGGGCUGAGCAGGCCGUUUCCGCGGGACGCGGGCUCGGGUCCUCGUGA